CAGCCCAUAGGCGCUUCAGUCUCUGCUUGGGACGUGAUCGCGCGAGCAUGGGGUUGAUAGGUGCCCCACGAGACGAGUUCAACUUGAAAUUCUGAGGGUAUAUUCGCCGAUUUAACAAGCGGCUAGAAAGUACACAAAUCAUUGAGGAGCUGUGAAAAUUAAAAAAAAUAAAUCAGAAGAAAACCGAAGUACUUAUAGCGAGUGUCCACUCGCAGGAGAAGGUUAUUUUUCAAAAUUGAAACUGUGAUUUGAACCAGGACAAGAGCGAAUGUAAGGGUAGUGUAAACGGCGUGAGCCCUUCGUCCCUUUAAAAUACGGCAGUGCCUCUGGCGUAAUCUGCAUUAAAAACAAAUCCAAGAGUAGCACUUUGAACAGUUAAGACGUAAUUUUUUAUUAACGCGAGUGUACCAAUAUCAGAAGUGAUUAGAAGUACCGAGUGUCCUGGAUAAGAUAACUAGAUACGAGGGUCCUCUAUGUACAGGCGCUUUGGUAUGACAGCACGUUCCUCCGUAUACGUCUAAUCCAUUACAAAUCGCAGAGCACGCGACUUCGAAACGAGCGUAAAGAAUCAAGCGAAAGAUGUCGGUGCUAUUGGAAGCGAGGCCGUACAGGCCCUUCAAGUCCUCCGAGGAGUAUCUUGUGGCUAUGAAGGAGGAUCUAGCCGAAUGGCUGAACGCUUUGUACCCUGAACUCAGAAUGAAUCUCGAUAAUUUUAUGGACAGAUUGGAUACCGGCGUGGCACUUUGCAAGCACGCGAACAACGUACGAAAAUCAGCAUCCGAGUACGUAGCACGUCGCCAGGCACGAAAGAUAAUGACGAGGUCCAUAACCUCAUCUCUUGCCGUCCCGAUGACCCAGCUGAGCGACGUGGCCUUCCUGCCCAACGCGAAGGCCGGUACUUUCUUUGCCCGUGACAACGUCUCCAACUUCAUCAGCUGGUGCCGAAACAGCCUUGGCAUAAUAGAGUGCUUGCUCUUCGAGACGGACGACCUCAUCCUCAGGAAGAACGAGAGGCACGUGAUACUGUGUCUUUUGGAGGUGGCGCGUCGCGGCGCUAAAUUCGGCAUGCUCGCCCCUAUGCUGGUCCAGAUGGAACGGCAGAUUGAUCGCGAGAUCGCUGCUGAGAACAAGGCUGCCAACGGCGCUGGGGCUGGGAACGAGGAUAGCGACGACGAGUACGAGGAGAUGCAGCAGGAGGAGCCUUGUCUCAUUUAUGGACCACAACCUCAGAUCGUCACCAAUGACCUUAAGAGUCUCGACGAGAUGGUCCGCGACCUGGUCGAGAGGUGCACCUGUCCCACGCAGUUUCCGAUGAUCCGCGUGUCCGAGGGAAAGUAUCGAAUCGGCGACACGAAAGUUCUCAUUUUCGUGAGGAUCCUCAGGAAUCAUGUGAUGGUGCGCGUCGGAGGUGGCUGGGACACACUCAGCCAUUAUUUGGACAAACACGACCCCUGCCGUUGCCGAACUUCUCAUCGCUCGACCAUCUCGGCCAAGCUGAUUCAGAAAGCAGGCGGCUCCUUCGAUCUUGGUAGUGCGCAGGUGCACUAUGAACGAUCACCUCCAAGGACGCGCAGGAGUUCAGCCUCCAGCGUGGGUUCCUGCGGCGGUGCUAUUCAAUCCCAGAGCCAACAACCACUGUCCCUACAGACAUCCAGGAGCGUCUCCAAUAACAGAUCCCGAUCACCCACGCCGCACCGUGCAAAUCGUCAGCUGGGCGAAGAUCUGAGGAAGAACACAAGCAAUCGAUCCAGAAGUCCAACUCCUCAGAGAAAGUUCUUGGGCAGUCCGGGACACAAUGCCGUCGACCUGAGUAAACAGAGGUCCAGGUCCCCUACGCCAAAGACUGGAAAUCUUCGAUCACGUAGUCCUACUCCGAAGGUGGACCAAUCCAGGUUCGGAUGCACGGGUACACUGGACUCCACUAGGAAGGCGCUAAACGAGGAAAUUCGCCAGGUCAAAUACGACGGACGGUCGCAGAUGUAUCACAGCAGAUACCAAGACAACUAUCAGGAUCCCAAGAAGGACCUGCACCAAGAGAUCCGUGCCAAGGUACCUCUGUCGGAAGAGUUCUCCAAGAGAUACGUGGUGGAGGGUGGCGUGGCACGCCGUACAGUCGACAAGGACGACAGCCCUAGGUACGAGCCAUCGAUUUACAAUUACAAGUGCCGAGAGGAUUCCAGCAGUCGUAGCCCGACCCCGAGUCCACCGGCUAUCAAGGAAGAGCCCUCGGAGGAUUCAGAAAGUCCUGUAACGUUCGCCAAGGAGGCCCAAUACGUAAAAUCUCCUCAGGGCGACGGCGAACAUUCGGACAAUGGUAGCGAGGUAUCGGAUGAAGGAUAUCGAAGCCUUGGCGCAGUGCAGCCACCACCAGCAAACGGUACCAACCUUAAUAAUGGUACCGGUAGUACGCAGGGAUCGCCUACGGUUGCUGACUGUCAUAAGCAACCUACCAAAACGGAUUUUGAAAGAUCCUGCGUGGAGACAGAGAGCAUCGAGACGGGUCUGAGAAAGACUAGGAUUGGACCUUCCAGUCCAUUGAGGGCGUCCCCUUCGAGGAGCGUGGCUUCCUCUUCCGGCGACAGAACACCCAGAGCCGGUUCCAUCGUACGUGAGAGCAGCAAUCUCUCACGAGCAUCUUCAGGAAGUAGGACUCCCAGAGACGGUAAUUCCAGUCCAGAAGGAAGUCCGUUGAAGCGUGGCGGUGGAAGGACCAGCUUGAGGAAACCUCCUACGGGAAGUCUGAGCAAAGCAUCUGGAAUGCCACGGCUGGCGCUAGGUCAAAAUCAGACUUCGUCCGGUAGCAACACCUGGAACGGAAGACAAAUUCGUCAGAGGCCUAGUAUACAAGCUGACACUUUCUUAAAUCCAGCCAGUCAAGCCACCAAUACGAGUACUUCGUCAAGCUUCUCCAGGAGGAGUCCCGGCAGACAGAGCCUACCGCGUCCGUCGAAUGGUAACGGGCCACAGUACGAUAGGAACGGUCGCAGGAUCAAGCCUUCAACUUCGCUACAGUCGUCGCCCACCAAGGUGGCAAACCCACUUCUGGAACAGAUUCUCCAAAAGGUAGGACAUCUUGAGGAUGACAAGGAAGUUGUGCAGAAACUGCAGGACUUUUUAAAGGACUACCAAGGCACCGGCGCUCCAGGUAACGAGAGCGAUCCGACCCUGGAAUUCACCAGGGCCUGGAUAGAUGGCAACGGGAUUGUCGUUCUACCCCAGGACGUCCAAGUCGUCGCCAGUCCUAGGAAGGAUCCUAAGCCGGCCUCCGAACGCGGUGGAUUCUCUAGGAUACCAGCACCCGUGUACAAAAGGCCCAUGUCCGUAGCGUCCGAUAGUGUUUGAGUGAAUCGUCAUCUCAUUGGGGAUAAUGAAUGAAUGAGUCGAUAAAAAAAAAAUUUAAUAGAAUGUGAUCAAUUUGUAAAUUCCUGCUCACAAAGAAUGAGAGAAAAUCUUAUACACUGUUUUUUCUAUUCACGUGCAGAUCGUGAAAUCAGGAUUUUGUGGAGUCCCUAGAUCAUCGAGGAUUUUUUUAUAGAAUAAUUAAAAAAGGAUGUCAUUCGCUGUACCAAUAACAUGGGACUGAUUGCGAACAACUUUCUUUUUUUAUUUUUCAUAACGCAUGGGUACGGGAACGAUAUCCUAGUGUUGUUCGAAAUCGUCAGCUACUGUUCUUUAAAAAUCCUCGAUUGAAGAUUCAUUCGCGCGGUAUAGGUUAGGUUAACGAAGAUUGAGAGAAGGAUGAAGAUUACCGCGUUUUCGAGCUUUUCUUUAAAAUCGGUCUUAAAAAGGUUGAAUAGAAGAACGAGAGAGAUUUCUGUCGAGUUCUACGUAUGCAUAGGUAUGUUAUUACACGUCUUGCGUUAUAUUAAUGGCUUCCCGAAUCAAUUUGCUUCCCAUGCGAGUUAAUUGGACUUUUGGGUGUCGCCCGUUGAAAGGCUCCUUGAGUGAGUUGAUUGCAAUUAAGUGAAUCGUUCGAAUCGUAUCGACGAUUCUAUUUAGAAAUUAUUUAUUUAUAUAGUCUAUCGGUUGUAUUUAUUAAAGACAAUUUAUUUACGUGUUGUUCGCGUCGUUUUCCGCGCUAUUAUUACAUUCACACGUAUAACCUCUGUACUGUGCUUGAACGAUGUAACUGGAACAUAUGAGUACAAUCUGUAGAAAAAAUGGAUAAUGGAUGCAAUUUAUAGAAAAAGACAGAAAAUGUUUUUGAAAAAAUGUAUGCGGAUCAAAAACGACACGAAAGUUAAAAAAAAGUCAUAGCAAAAAUUGUGGAUCGAAACACUGGUGUACUAUGGGAAAAAAAAAUGUUGAGACCCCUAGUGUAGGGAGAACCCGAUUAAAAGAAUAGAGUAGGGAAAGUGGAAGAAAAAAAGAAUAGCCGAACUUAUCUCCGAACAGACUGCAUAGAUAGCGUAUCAUCAGAUAUAUAAAUACCAUUCCAAUAUUUAAAUGUUUUUAUACCAAAAGUGACAGUAGAUCCUUUUUGUACCAAGUGUCUUAGUAAGCAAAUAAGAUAAUGCCCUAUAGUUAAACGAGGGGAACCAUUUAUCGCUAAGGGUUAUAUUUUAGAAUGUGAAAUGAUAGUGGAUGAAGAAAAGAAUAGAAAAAAGAGAAAAAGAUACAAACAAUAAGCAAAACCAUAUGGAAAUUUCAAUUCCUCAUAGCGAUGCGUUAUAUCGCGCUAUAACAAAUGGAAGGAAGAACCUGAAAUAUUUUUUAGUAUUUAGAAACGAGUAAACCGUUUAGUUAAGGAAUUGCGCGAUAUCGCGAGACGCGUCGUUGUUCUUUUUGGGGGGACUCGUUUGAAAAUGUUAUAUUAAUUUUUUUUCUCUUCUUUCGUUUCCUUCGUUUAUGUUUUCACGAGUCCCGACAAAAACACCACACGCGUUUAUUAUACGUGCCGUUUUCGCCAUGGGAAUCGAGCACACAGAAAUAUCGAAGGACCGCCAUCAUGGGUCCACGAGCUUUUAUAUCCGUCUCUUUCGAUAGGUGCAUAUGAAAAUGGGCCCUAAAGAGUCCCAAUAAAAAAAUGGCCUUAAGUACGACCCAAUAAUACAUAGUAUAACGAUUAUCCUCAAUGAGCCUAAUCUAAAACUUCGAAAAAUGCCUAACGAGCCAAGUCCUCGCUUGGUCGCUCGCUCGUAAAUUUUUGUAUUUCUUUGUUAUUUUUGAAAAAAAGAAAAAAAAUCGCUUGCGAUUCACAUGAUUUUCAUGGUUUGAAACCCGCUUUCGUUCCAUUAAUGUCACUCGCGCGUUUUC